AUGUUGGCGAUCGAAGACGCGGAUUCAUUAAUUGUGCAGACUGUCAUCGAACUUGCUCUCUCUUUUUCCUCCGUAUUCGUUAUUGGAGGAGAUGUAGAUUUGCUUGUGUUGUUGACUGAUAAAUCCAGAGAUAUCUCGAAUAUUUAUUUGCGCAAGCCGGAUAAAGGGAAAAAGGAGGAUGUGUUCUAUUCGCCUCAGAGUUUACAAUAUAGCGAUACUGUAGCGAAAAACGUGAUUCAGGUAUUUUACGACCACAAUGCCGAAUUAACCGAAGUCGUUGCCGCUGGCAAACUGUUUAUGUUGAGGCAGUAUGAUGCAGAAAGGGAAUAUCGCAAGUUAGACUCUCUGCGGUAUACAUACUUUGUACGGGCCGUCACAAAAAAAUCAUUCAAUUUAGCGGCGCUGCCACCAACAUCAGAUGUGUGCCAUCAACAAAUAAGAAGUCUACUACUAAGCUUUAAGACUGAACUUCUUCAAGAAAUAAUAAGCACUAAACAAGAACUAAAAAAUUCGAUUGAAGCGUCAGAAGCGCGAAUAGCACUGAGUAUUGAAAAACAGAAUAGAAGAAUCAGCAAUCUAGAAGUAGAAAAUCAACAUCUUAAAGAGAAAUUGGAAAACAUUGAAAGAAAUCAAAAACAAGUUGGUAUAUUACAAUCGGACCUAAUUGCUAUUGGCUGCGAUGGUACAGCAGUAAAUACUGGAAGCAAAGGAGGUGUUAUACGUUUGUUAGCAUUACAUCUCAAACGACCGUUGCAAUGGCUAAAAUGUCAGUUACACGCUAUAUGGAUGGAAAUACCACAGGACCGGUUUCACUGCCAGGUCCUGUUGGAAAACUUUUUGAGUCUGGUGAACAAUUACCGCUAUAAGAAAAUUGAGGUCAAGUUACCGAAGGUUGAUAUGGAAAAACCAACAUUAUUUGUACCAGAUAUAUCCAAAGAAAAGAAAAACAAACAAUCAAAUUAUGUCGUCAGAAAAUUUGAGAUUUCUAGAUUUAAUUUUAAUGCCGAAAAAUACUUUCAUUUGAUAAACUGGCAAGAGUGUACCAUUACAGAACCUUCGAUGACCAAACACCUAACAGACAAAGAAAUUCAAGAUUUUAUUGAAACUGGUAAUUUGCUAGUGAAAAAUCUCUGGAAAUUACCUUGCCACACACAGGCUGUUGAGAGAGGUGUUAAAUUGGCGACAGAAGCAUCAUUGGUAAUCUGUGGUCACAAUAAUAGAGAUGGUUGGAUACGUACAACAAUAGCAUCUAGAAAAACCAUGCCAAAGUAUGACACCAAAUCAGAUUAUUUAGUUGAAAACAAUAGCUAA